CAAGAGUUAUCUUUGCCUGGUUAUAUUAUUCAAGAUGGUAGCUUGGGUAAACCGAGUUGCUUUCAGCACGUGUUAACACAUAUUUUAGCGAUACUUGUGACAGAUAUUUAAUUUGUACAAUGUCUUCUAUUGAAGAAAUGAUGAAAAUGGACAAGCAGCAGCUUGCUGCACCUGUCAACACCGUCCAGGAAAAAUGGAAACUGUUACCAGCAUUUCUGAAAGUAAAGGGUUUAGUGAAGCAGCACAUCGAUUCAUUCAACUACUUUAUCAACCUUGAGAUAAAGAAGAUCAUGAGAGCCAAUGAAAAAAUCACAAGUGAUGCUGACCCUAAUUUCUAUUUGAAGUAUCUAAACAUCUAUGUGGGUGCUCCGGAUGUGGAAGAAGGCUUUAAUAUAACCAAGCCAAUUUCACCUCACGAGUGUCGACUGCGAGACAUGACGUACUCUGCCCCAAUCACAGUAGACAUAGAGUACACAAGAGGAAACCAGAGGAUAAUGAGGAACAACUUGCCCAUUGGACGAAUGCCGAUUAUGCUUCGCAGUUCCAAAUGUGUUCUGCACAACAAAAGUCCGUCGGAGAUGUCCAAGCUGAACGAAUGUCCGAUGGAUCCGGGAGGGUAUUUCAUUGUUAGGGGUGUGGAGAAAGUCAUCUUGAUUCAGGAACAGCUGUCCAAAAACAGGAUGAUGGUGGAUGUUAGUAACAAGGGAACGAUUGAAUGUUCAGUCACAAGUUCAACCCAUGAACGAAAGAGUAAGACAUAUGUUAACGUCAAACAUGGAAAGUACUACCUGAAGCAUAACACCUUUUCAGAGGAUAUUCCGGUGGCAAUAGCGUUCAAGGCGAUGGGUGUUGAGUGUGACCAGGAGAUUGCGCAGAUGAUCGGCAGUGAAGAAGAUACUCUAGCAGCACUGGCGCCGAUUCUAGAAGAAUGCCACAGAGCACAGGUGUUCACACAGAAUCAAGCUUUGAAGUACCUUGGAAAUAAAAUCCGGACGAGAAAUAUGUGGGCAGGAAAGAAGACAAAGGUUGAUGAGGCCAGAGAUGUGCUACAUGAUGUUGUGUUGGCUCAUGUUCCUGUGGUAGAGUGGAAUUUCAAGCUGAAAGCCACAUACUUAGCACUGAUGAUUCGGCGAAUCAUUCUCGCUGAAGGUAAAAAGGUCAACCUGGAUGACCGUGAUUACUAUGGCAACAAGAGGUUAGAGCUGGCGGGACAGUUGCUGUCUUUGCUGUUUGAAGAUCUCUUCAAGAAAUUUAACUCGGAGCUGAAAAAAAUUGCAGACAUGACAAUCCCAAAACCAAGAGCUGCCCAGUUUGACAUUGUGCGACACAUGCGACAGGAUCAGAUAACUAAUGGUUUGGUGAACGCUAUUUCCACUGGCAACUGGACCAUUAAGAGAUUCAAAAUGGAGAGGGCUGGUGUCACUCAGGUCCUCUCUCGCUUGUCAUACAUCUCUGCCCUGGGAAUGAUGACUCGGAUAUCCAGUCAGUUUGAGAAGACAAGGAAAGUGAGUGGUCCGAGAUCUCUCCAGCCAUCACAGUGGGGUCUCCUCUGUCCUUCUGACACACCAGAAGGAGAGUCAUGUGGCCUGGUGAAGAACCUGGCCCUGAUGACUCACAUCACGACCGACAUGGACGAGUCACCACUGCUCCGUCUGGCGUUCAACCUGGGCGUGGAGGACAUCGAGCUGCUAAGUGGCGAGGAGGUCUCCAGUCCAUACGUCUACCUCGUCUUCAUCAACGGUAAUAUUCUUGGCGUGAUUCGAGACUAUGAGCGGUUGAUCAGGACAUUCCGUAUCAUGAGGAGGGCGGGCUACAUCAGUGAGUUCGUGUCCAUCUUCCCCAACCACUGUCAUCGGUGUAUUUACAUAUCAUCGGAUGGUGGACGAGUUUGCAGGCCGUAUAUCAUUGUAAGUAAGAGCAGGCCACUCGUCACCAACCAGCAUAUAGAGGAACUGUCUCAGGGCUUCAGGAGUUUUGAAGACUUCCUAAAGGAAGGAUUGGUAGAGUAUCUUGAUGUGAAUGAGGAAAACGACUGCAUGGUUGCCCUGUAUGAGAAACACAUCACAAGCACUACAACCCACCUGGAAAUUGAGCCCUUCACUAUUCUUGGCGUGUGCGCUGGACUUAUUCCAUAUCCUCACCACAACCAGUCGCCCAGAAACACCUACCAAUGUGCUAUGGGCAAACAAGCCAUGGGAACCAUUGGGUACAACCAGAGAAACCGAAUUGAUACACUGUUGUACAACCUAGUCUACCCCCAUGCACCUCUUGUCAAAUCAAAGACAAUAGAGUUAAUCAACUUUGACAAGCUUCCUGCUGGACAGAAUGCCACCGUGGCGGUGAUGAGUUUCAGUGGUUAUGACAUUGAAGAUGCUCUGAUCCUCAACAGGGCUUCGUUAGACAGAGGGUUUGGUCGAUGCCUUGUCUACAGAAAGCAAGCUUGUACACUGAAGCGCUAUGCCAACCAGACAUUUGACAAGGUGAUGGGACCGCUGGUGGACGCUACAACACGCAAACCAAUAUGGCGUCAUGAAAUUCUGGACUCUGAUGGGAUCUGUGCUCCAGGUGAACGUGUGGAGAACAAGCAGGUGAUGAUCAACAAGUACAUGCCAACCGUUACCAUGACCCAGCUACAGAGUGCUGCCGGUCAGCCGCCCCUGCAACCAGAAUACAGGGACGUCCCGGUCAUGUACAAGGCUCCUGAACCUUCCUAUAUCGAGAAGGUUUUGAUAACGGCAAAUCCCGAUGAGGCGUUCUUGAUAAAGAUCCUACAGCGUCAGACGAGACGUCCCGAAAUAGGAGACAAGUUCAGCAGUCGGCACGGGCAGAAAGGUGUAUGUGGUCUGAUAGUGCCACAGCAAGACAUGCCGUUUUCGGACUUGGGCAUCUGUCCGGAUAUUAUAAUGAAUCCUCACGGCUAUCCAUCCCGAAUGACUGUGGGCAAGCUGAUCGAGUUACUGGGCAGCAAGGCUGGUGUCCUGGAAGGAAAAUUUCAUUAUGGUACAGCAUUUGGAGGUGACAAAGUGGAAGAUUUAUCAGAAGUCCUCAUACAGCAUGGGUUUAACUACCUGGGCAAAGACUAUGUCACGUCUGGAAUUACAGGGGAGCCACUUGAAGCAUACAUUUACUUUGGCCCCAUCUACUACCAGAAGCUGAAACACAUGGUCAUCGACAAGAUGCAUGCACGAGCUAAAGGGCCCCGUGCGGUGCUCACUCGACAGCCCACAGAAGGAAGGUCCAGAGACGGGGGUCUCCGCCUCGGAGAGAUGGAGAGAGAUUGCCUCAUUGGAUAUGGUGCUAGUAUGCUGCUGCUGGAAAGACUGAUGAUUUCCAGUGACGCUUUUGAAGUUGAUGUGUGUGGAGAGUGUGGCCUGCUGGGAUACUCAGGCUGGUGUCAGUACUGCAAGUCUUCCAAAAAUGUCUCCACACUGAAAAUGCCAUAUGCCUGUAAAUUGCUUUUCCAAGAACUUCAGUCAAUGAAUAUUAUUCCGAGACUUUCCCUCAAGCCGUACAACGAAGUCUAACACUGGCUUGGAGGAUAUUAUCCUCGGGAAUAACCAUGUCUGAAGUCUGUGAUUUUCAUUUGUAUGUCAUCCUCAGGAAUAAUGAUUCUGAAAAUUGUGAUCUCUCAUUUGUAACUCUCUGAAUAACAGUGGAGUCUCAAUGGAAAAUUAUGCGCAUCAUCCUCACAGAUAAUGAUGUCUGAAAGUUGUGAUAUCUCUUUUGUAACUCUGAAUAACAGUGGAGUUGCAGUGGAAAAUUGAGCGUAUCAUCCUCACAAAUAAUGAUGCCUGAACGUUGUGAUAUCUCUUUUGUAACUCGCUAAGCAGCAAUUGCGAGUUGUUACAAAAAUUUAACAAUGAUGUCUGAAGUUGUGAUAUCUCUUUUGUAACUCGCUAAGCAGAAAUUGCGAGUUGGGACACACAAGAAAGGAACAUUCUUGUCUGAUAAGUAUCAUUUUGUGUUGUACCAAGUAAUAAAGUUUUCUCAGAAAA